UAAAAUAGUCCAAUAUUAAACAGCAUCUGGGAUAAGUCCAUCAGCAGCACUUAAAAUACCAUCACUGCAGUAGGCUGUCUCCUCUAUUCUCAUUGCUAAAGCUUGAAACCAGAUUUUUCCCUCUGCUAUUUGCAAUCUCACCUUCCUUCAUUUGUUUUCUUCCAUUUCAAAGAACAAAACAUGGCCGAACUGGGAGUAGCAGUUCUCUCUCCCUUCCUUCAAAUAUUAUUUGAUAAAAUGACAUCUGGCGAGUUUGUUGAUUUUCUAAGGGGGCGAAAACUAAACGAUGGGCUCUUGAACAAGUUGAAAACAAUAUUGCUGUCUGUUGAAGUUAUGCUUGAAGAUGCUGAGAACAAACAAGUUAUGAAUCCAAGCGUGAAAAAGUGGCUUGAUGAGCUGAAACAUGCCGUCUAUGAUGCAGAGGACGUUUUAGAUGAGUUUGCUACUAAAGCCAUACAAUCUAGGUUGGAUGCAGAAUUUGGAACCACUACAAGUAAGGUACGAAAUAGCAUCUCUACAUCUCUUUUUUUCAAUAAGAUAGAAGUAAGCAUAAAAGAGGUACUUGAGAGAUUAGAAAAUCUGGCAAGUCAACAUAUUGUCAUGGGUCUCACACAAGGCACCGUUCGAGGGAAACCAUAUGAAAGAUUGCCCACCACUUCUUUGGUAGAAGAAACAGAAAUUUAUGGAAGAAAUAAUGAUAAGGAGCAAAUAAUUAAUCAGUUACUCUCAAUCACAGAUGAUGCCAGUGACAAUAAGGUGGGUGUGAUUGCCAUAGUCGGCAUGGGGGGAAUGGGCAAGACCACCCUUGCUCAAGUUGUAUACAAUGACAAGGACGUCCGUGAGCAUUUUAACCUUACAACAUGGGUUUGUGUUUCAGAGGAAUUUGACCCUUUUAGAGUAACCAAAACAAUUCUAGAUGCUGUAACUUCGUCCACCAGUAAUAUUGAAGAUCUAAAUCAGCUUCAACUUCAACUGAAGGAGAAAUUGAAUGGAAAGAAAUUCCUAUUCGUUUUGGAUGAUGUUUGGAAUAAGAAUUAUAACGAUUGGGAGAUAUUAAGCAGCCCCUUUAAAUUUGGGGCACAAGGAAGUAGGAUUAUCGUAACAACGCGCGAUGAUGAGGUUGCAUCAGUCAUGCGCGCUUUUGCAACUCAUCCUGUCAAGAAGUUACCAGAGCAGGACUGUUGGUCACUGUUUGCAAGACAUGCAUUUCAUGAUGCUAACUCCAGUGCACAUUUAGAGUUGCAAGAAUUAGGUCAAAAGAUUGUUAAAAAAUGUCAAGGUCUACCUUUAGCAAUCAAGGCAAUUGGGGGCCUAUUACGGUUUAAGGUAGAUGUUCGUGAAUGGGAGAAGGUGUUAUGUAGCGAGUUAUGGGAAUUGUCAAGUCACGAAACAAACAAUAUUCUUCCUGCUCUAAGAUUAAGUUACAGAUAUCUCCCAUCAUAUUUGAGACCGUGUUUUGCUUACUGUUCAAUAUUUCCAAAAGACCAUGCUUUCAAGAAAGAGCAAUUAAUUUUAUUAUGGAUGGCAGAAGGUUUCUUGCAUGCAACGGAAAAUAGAACAAUGGAACAAAUUGGUGAUGAUUACUUCGGCACUCUUCUAUCAAGAUCAUUUUUCCAAAGAUCAAAUGAAGACGAAUCACGUUUUGUAAUGCAUGACCUCAUUAAUGAUUUGGCAAACUUUGUAUCAGGUGAAUUUACCUGUAGGUUGGAAGUUGAUCAUGAUCGUUCUCACAAAAUUUCCGACAAGACCAGGCAUUUUUCCUACGUCAGAAGUCAAUUUGAAACCUACAGUAGGUUCGAGGCUCUUAAUGAGUUUAAGCUGUUGCGUACUUACAUAGCAUUGGAGUCGUCACGAAUGUUCAUACCUCAUUACUUAUCCAAAAAAGUCCCCCGUGAUUUAUUGCCAAUGUUAAGAACUUUGCGUGUGCUUUCUCUGUCUCACUACCGGUAUAUGACUGAGUUGCCUGCGUCCAUUGGAAAAUUGAAACACUUGCGCUAUCUGGAUGUUUCUGAUACACGACUUACAAGGUUGCCUGAUUGCUUAUGUAAGUUGUGUAAUUUACAGACAUUAAAUUUAUCUGGUUGUAUAAAUCUUAUUGCACUGCCAAGAGAUAUGGAAAAGCUCAUCGGUUUACGUCAUCUUGAUAUUACUGGAACUGUUAUCAAGGAGAUGCCGGAAAAUCUAGGUAAACUCAAAUGUCUCCAGACGUUGACCAAGUUUAUCAUCAGUCAACGCAGUGGAUGUUGCAUUGGAGAGUUGGGGAAGCUUGCAAAUCUUUGGGGAACACUUUCUAUAUUGGAACUCCAAAAUGUAAAAUCUCCAAUUGUUGCCCUGGCUGCUAACUUGAGGGAUAAGAAGAACCUUGAGGAGUUGACAUUGGAAUGGAAUGCUACUGCCAAAACUUCUGGAAGUGAAGGAACUAUACUUGAGAGUCUUCAGCCCCAUACAAAUUUGAAAAGCCUCACAAUUCAACACUACCGUGGUGAAAAUUUUCCAAAUUGGAUAGCAAAUCAAUCAUUCUCUAAGAUAACAUCUCUUCACCUGAAAAAUUGUGAAUAUUGUCGGAGCUUGCCACCAGUUUGGCAGAUACCUUCCUUGCAAACCCUAUCUAUCAUUGGGUUUGACCGAAUUAUUACGGUAGGUCCAGAGUUUUAUGGCACUGGUUCUUCAUCACCAUUUGAAGCCUUGAAAGUUCUAAGGUUCGAGAAUAUGUUGAACUGGGAGAAGUGGUGUCCUUUUCGUGUUGAAAAUGAAGGUGCAGCUUUUCCUCAUCUUGGCGAGCUUUGUAUUAUCAACUGUCCAAAGCUUACAGGAAGUUUGCCGGUUCACCUUCCUUCUUUGGCCAAAAUUGUAAUUUCAGAAUGUCACCAGCUGGUGGCUGAGAGACUGUUGAGCUCCAAUAGUUGUCUUCAAGAGUUAGAGAUCUGUGAUUGUUCCUCACUUUUGUCUCUUCCCACGGGUGGUCUACCCUCUACAUUAAAACAACUUGUGUUGAGGAAUUGUUGGAAGUUUGAGGUCGCAGCACACAUAGACCAUUCAUUCCUUGAAGAGUUGUGCUUAUAUUGUUGUGAUUCUCUGGAGUACUUUCCAUUAGAUGUAAUCCCAAAUGUUAAGAGAAUCAGAAUCAAGGAGUGUAGAAAUUUUAAAUCACUUGCAGUUCUAGAACAAAGUGAACAUGAUCUAGUAGCCUUGUCGUCAAUUGAAAUUGUCGAUUGUCCAAAAUUCGGAUCUUUUCCAGAAGGAGGAUUGCGAGGCCCCAAUCUUACAAGCUGUUUACUUGUCGGUGGGUGUCUGAGGUCACUUCCAGAAAAGAUGCAUACACUCCUUUCGUCUCUUACGGUUUUGGUAAUAUCAAAUUGCCAAGAGAUCGAGUCUUUUCCUGAAGGGGGCUUGCCUUCCAACCUUGAGACACUUCACAUCAGAAAUUGUGAAAAACUUGCUGCCAAUCGGAUGGGAUGGGGUUUGCAAAAUUGUUCUUCCCUUGCAUUCUUUGUUUUCGAGAGCAAAUCAGAAAAUGUUGUGUCUUUUCCAGAGGCAAGUUUGCUUCCCGCAAGUCUGACCAAUCUUCAUAUCAUUGGUUUUCCAAAUUUGAAAUCGUUGGACAAGAAUGGGAUUCAAUAUCUCACCUCUCUUAAGUUCUUACGCAUCAGUGACUGUCCUAAGCUGAAGAGCAUGUCAGAAGAGGGGCUGCCCCCCUCGAUUUCUUUUCUUUUAAUUAGAAACUGCCCUUUAUUGAACAAACAGUGGCAAAAGAGAAAAGGAAAAGAAUGGCGCAAGAUUGCUCACGUCCCCUACAAACUUCUUGACCUAGAUAUAAUGGACUGAACCAAAGAGUCUAGCAAAACAUUUGUCAAUCUCAGUUAUAAUAUCAACUUUCUACACGAGUGAGCUCAUUCGGAAGCUCGAAAAUGGUACAAAAAUCCUGUUGGGGUGUUUCGGAGGUCUAAUUACUUGUUCAUUCUCCCCCUAUCCUCAUAUAGUCAUUUACUUUUUCAUAUUUUUCCCUCUUUUGUCCGUCCAUUCUUUGUAUGCACAACCUACAUUGGCGAAUGUAGUAACAUUAAUGGUUUCAAUGUAGUAAUUUUUAUUCAUUUCUUUUGGUGCUAAGUCAAAUCUAAAUAACUCAAGUAGUGGCUGAGAAGAAACAAUUAAUUUUGGUUCCAAAUCGACGGUUGUCACCUUUUAUCGUCAGAGGGACCAGAGUAUGAAUGUUAAGAUUUCGAUAACUGAGAGACAAGGGACUACUUUGUUCUGUUUCUCAUUGUACUGACAGUAGCGAAGUGAGUGGAUAUGUGCCUGUGGUAUAUGUAUGAAAUCUCAAGAUCCAAAAGGGGAUGACCUUUUUGUUUCACUUGUUGCUUUGCAGAAACUGGGUCGGCAGGCACACCUCUUUAGAGCUAACCGAGGGCGACUGCACUUGAAAUGCCCAUAACUUUGAAGACACGAGACAUGAUCAAUAUGAGCAGGAGAAGUAAAUUGGCAGUUGAAAUCACCAACAAUGGAAAGCAAGAAAGGAUCAAUGGAUCAGUUCGCCAAAUUUGAAAUCGUUGUACAAGAAUGGACUUUCAAUACCUCACCUCUACUGAUUUCUUAGAGAUCUAUAACUGCCCUAUGCUGAAGAGCAUUUCAGAAGGGGGGCUGCCCCCCUCAAAUCUCUGUUCUUAAUUUGCAAGGUAUUUGGGUUGCUUGUCAGGCAGUGGCAUGAACCUUUUAUUGUGGAUCAGUAGGAGCAUUUCUUUUCCUAUAUAUUAUUUUAGUAAAUGUGAAUCAGUGUUUUCACAA